CCGCUAGCCGGUUAUGAAUUAGCGUCAGCCGUCAACACCCAGGAGGACAAGGUCACUGCGCCCUGGAACACAGACAUUGAUGUGACUCAACCUUGUAUGAUAUUUGAAAAAACUUAAGUUGCGCAACAUUGUCAUCCCUUUACCAUACAAUGCCUAUAUGUUGUGUCCCUGGAUGCUCAACAUGCUCCAAAACGGCUUACAAGUAUCCAAAAUUCAAAGGGGUCCACCCAGUCAUAGGCACCAGAUUGUUCACUAUCCGUCCAAACCAGAGAAAAGCAUGGAGUAAACUUUUGAAAAUUGAAGAUCCCAAUCCCAACUGGAGUAAUAUGAGAGUAUGCUCUAGGCAUUUUACCAUGAAGCAAUACUACAGAGACAAGAUUGAACGAUUUUUGAAGUCGGGCAAACUUCUGUCAAGAGGAGAUACGAUUUUGCUCCCUAAUGCUGUUCCUGAUAAAUGCCUACCAGGUGAUGCUGACGAGGAGCAAAACCUUGAAGAAGUUGACGACGUUUUUGACAGAAAAAUCUACAGAGCUCGUAAAGCCAGCAUCAAAAAAUGCAUAAUGGAGAAGAGUGUUGAAUCAAGCCCGUCUUAUUCGGAAGACAGCCAUGAGUGCGACCCUGCUGAGGGUGGAGGGGCUGCCGACAAUCUUGCCUUGAAUGAAGCUUGUCCAACUUUGGCCAUGGAAAUUGAAUUGGACUCCUGCCCAAUCAAUUCAGUGAGCAGACAAGAAAGUGCUGGUGACUCACUAGAAAACAUAUCAGCACCUGAGGUGCCUGGAUCGCAUCAUGAAGGGAAAGGUUUGAUUGACGUCGAGCAACAAGGUGCCUCAAGCAAAUUAUCUCAAAAUAGUGCUAGUGACGUUCAGCAAGGCUCAUCAAUCGUCAACUUGCUCUCUUCAGUAGGGCUUGGAACUUCUCGACCCUACCUAAGGCUUUGUAAAAUGAACUACGAAGAGGACUUGCCUGAACAUGCUCAAAGGUACGAGGGAUUCUUCAAUAAAUAUCCCUGUGAGGUUGUAACCAGGAAAUUUCUCACGGAUACAAAACAGACAGCAAUAAAGGCUGAUUUAUGGAUUCAAAAUAUGGAGAGGCAAGUGCUUGACCUGGAAAUGGAGCUAAUGAAGUCCAAAUCAAGGGAGGAAACCCUUGCAAAUGAAGUGAAGAGGCGUGAGGAAACAUAUGAGAAAGCUAUGGAGAAUCUUCGUAGUGUAUUCAGCAAAUCACAACUUGACAGACUCAUUGAAAAUAAAAACACUCCAUGGAGCGACGAUGACUCCAAGAAAGCACUGACAUUGUUGGAGGCAAGCAGCCAGGCGUAUGAUAUGAUCAAAAGGGUGUACAAGAUCCCAAUGCCCUGUGAGUCAGCCCUCAGAAAUCAAGUGGCAUCAAUGAAAUAAUGCAAAAGGCAGGUCGGAUUUUCGUGAUGGAAAUCUUACUCUCAUCCCAACCUGAAAAUCUGGCCCUGGUGUAGGGUAUGAGUUGAUUUAUUGAUUUGCACAGAUUGAAACUCAAUAAAGUCA